ACAACAUGUCGCGCUCUACCAAGUGAUACAUUGCAUUGUUGUUUUUGUCCAUCAGUUUGUGUGAUUGGUUGGGAAUUGGAUAUCAGUAGAACACCAGCUGUUAUCGGCUUCGUAUGAUCUGGCGGGUAGCUACCCUGUCAUUCCUUUUGACCUUAUCAUACUUGUGUUUCCAACCUGUGAAAAUGGAAGACGGUAAAGAAGAAAGUAUGGAGCUGGGUACUCAGUCACAGAGUCAAAUGGAUACCUCAGAUUCUCAAAAUAAAGGAUCCAACGAGGUGGAAGAAAAGAACCCCAGUGUAGAGAAGUCAGGAGAAAUGAAACCUGACAAAACUGAAAGUGAUAGUGGAAGCAAGCCAACCAACAAUGAGAAGUCAGCAAACAAGACGCCUGAGGAGAACAUGGUCGAAGAAAAAAAAUCAGAAAAAACAGUUGAACUGAAAUUCCCAACAACCCUGGAAGGAUUUGGUUAUAAAUUUGAUGAAGAUGGUAAGCUAGGUGACAUUGAGACUGGUGAGCCAUUCGUGUUUAAAGUUCGUUCACAUGAUGACAGCUAUAACCAGAAGAGGUAUGAGGCUUUAGGAGAGGUGAUAACAGAAUACGUUUAUGAACUGUUAGAGAAGGAGGCGAAUUUGAAAAGAGUACACAUACCUGUAGACGCUUCAGAAGGAGAGGCUCAGAGUUUUAUCUUCAUGACGGAGGAUGCACUCACUAACCCAGACAAACUGCUGCUCUUGAUCCAUGGAUCUGGGGUGGUCCGCGCAGGCCAGUGGGCACGCAGAUUAAUCAUCAAUGAUAACCUGAAAAGUGGCACCCAGCUACCCUUCAUCAAAAGGGCUGUGGAUUCGGGUUACGGGGUGAUUGUCUUCAAUACAAAUGAGAACAGGAUACGACAAGGAGACAAAUUUAUCCCUGUGAGGGAAAGCUCCACAGCUGUGGAUCAUGGCUUGUAUGUAUGGGAAGAAUUUGUGUCCAAAUCAGCGGCGAGAAACAUAGCAAUUGUGGCUCACAGCUAUGGUGGUGUUGUCACAGUGGAACUGGCAAUUGAGAAGGAGGCAGAGUUUAAGGAGAGGGUGUUUGCCAUUGCUCUCACAGACUCCGUACACAGUCUGUCUCAUCAAGAGGUGUCCUCAUCUGUCAUAAAACUUUUUAAAAGAAUCGCUAAGAACUGGGUGAGCAGUAAGGAGCCACUGGACACCCCAGUGCCUUCCCGACACAGAUACGAGUGUCCCCAAGUGUCUGCAGGAACGAACAAGCACGAAGAGACAUCGUGGUCAAGUUUUGAAUCCAUUUUUGAAAUGCUCGACAAAGCAUACAAAGAAGUUACUGAGAUAGACAAGGAAGAACUGUAGUUGCAGACCAUGAACUGUACGUGUACGUGAAAAUACAAUGUAUUUUUUUAACAGCAGGGAGUUAAUGAUAAGUUGGCAUCAGUUGUUAUUCCCGUAGUUUGCCUUAACUAUUACCGGCGUACUGUACAUGUGUGAUU